UGCGGCACCUGGCGCUCCGCGGGCGUUCGAGUGGACAGAGACAGGGGCACAGGGCUGACAUCUCAGGGCUAAUUCCCUCCUCCAGUGCGUACAUCCAGGCUUAAGCCGCCGUAGGGUGUGAGCCUCCCCUCCCCCACCCCAACGCCGCAGCUGCACGGGGCACGACAGCCUUCGCGGAGGUGCAGCCACACCCCGGCCUGACGCUGCUGCUCCCGCCGCUACUGGAGUGGUGGGGAGGGGUGAGUGGACUCCAGGAAUCCUCGGAAGGGCGGGGGCGGAGGCAGGGGGCCCCUCUAGCCGCUACUUCGAAACAGCACUCCUUGUUCUCGAUGGUCCCCGCGCGACCGUCUUAGCUCACGACACUUCCGGUUCCUUUUAAAGGCCCCCAACGCUGUGCAACGCGGAGCGUGAGACGAAGGUAUAAAGGGGAGCGAGAGGGCGGGACCGAGGAGGAAAGGGAAAAAAAACCUAGGGGGAGAGGGGUGGGGGGACGCGCGAAGGGCGCGCUCUCGCGUCACGUGACCGGGACGCGCCGUUCUUCCGUCGGCCAUUUUAGGUGGUCCGCGGCGGCGCCAUUAAAGCGAGGAGGAGGCAAGAGCGGCCGCCGCUGGUGCUUAUUCUUUUUUAGUGCAGCGGGAGAGAGCGGGAGUGUGCGCCGCGCGAGAGUGGGAGGCGAAGGGGGCAGGCCAGGGAGAGGCGCAGGAGCCUUUGCAGCCACGCGCGCGCCUUCCCUGUCUUGUGUGCUUCGCGAGGUAGAGCGGGCGCGCGGCAGCGGCGGGGAUUACUUUGCUGCUAGUUUCGGUUCGCGGCAGCGGCGGGUGUAGUCCCGGCGGCAGCGGCGGAGACACUAGCACUAUGUCGGAGGAGCAGUUCGGCGGGGACGGGGCGGCGGCGGCGGCAACGGCGGCGGUAGGCGGAUCGGCGGGCGAGCAGGAGGGAGCCAUGGUGGCGGCGACACAGGGGGCAGCGGCGGCGGCGGGAAGCGGAGCUGGGACCGGGGGCGGAACCGUGUCUGGAGGCACCGAAGGGGGCAGCGCCGAGUCGGAGGGGGCGAAGAUUGACGCCAGUAAGAACGAGGAGGAUGAAGGCCAUUCAAACUCCUCCCCACGACACUCUGAAGCAGCGACGGCACAGCGGGAAGAAUGGAAAAUGUUUAUAGGAGGCCUUAGCUGGGACACUACAAAGAAAGAUCUGAAGGACUACUUUUCCAAAUUUGGUGAAGUUGUAGACUGCACUCUGAAGUUAGAUCCUAUCACAGGGCGAUCAAGGGGUUUUGGCUUUGUGCUAUUUAAAGAAUCGGAGAGUGUAGAUAAGGUCAUGGAUCAAAAAGAACAUAAAUUGAAUGGGAAGGUGAUUGAUCCUAAAAGGGCCAAAGCCAUGAAAACAAAAGAGCCGGUUAAAAAAAUUUUUGUUGGUGGCCUUUCUCCAGAUACACCUGAAGAGAAAAUAAGGGAGUACUUUGGUGGUUUUGGUGAGGUGGAAUCCAUAGAGCUCCCCAUGGACAACAAGACCAAUAAGAGGCGUGGAUUCUGCUUUAUUACCUUUAAGGAAGAAGAACCAGUAAAGAAGAUAAUGGAAAAGAAAUACCACAAUGUUGGUCUUAGUAAAUGUGAAAUAAAAGUAGCCAUGUCGAAGGAACAAUAUCAGCAACAGCAACAGUGGGGAUCUAGAGGAGGAUUUGCAGGAAGAGCUCGUGGAAGAGGUGGUGGCCCCAGUCAAAACUGGAACCAGGGAUAUAGUAACUAUUGGAAUCAAGGCUAUGGCAACUAUGGAUAUAACAGCCAAGGUUACGGUGGUUAUGGAGGAUAUGACUACACUGGUUACAACAACUACUAUGGAUAUGGUGAUUAUAGCAACCAGCAGAGUGGUUAUGGGAAGGUAUCCAGGCGAGGUGGUCAUCAAAAUAGCUACAAACCAUACUAAAUUAUUCCAUUUGCAACUUAUUCCCAACAGGUGGUGAAGCAGUAUUUUCCAAUUUGAAGAUUCAUUUGAAGGUGGCUCCUGCCACCUGCUAAUAGCAGUUCAAACUAAAUUUUUUGUAUCAAGUCCCUGAAUGGAAGUAUGACGUUGGGUCCCUCUGAAGUUUAAUUCUGAGUUCUCAUUAAAAGAAAUUUGCUUUCAUUGUUUUAUUUCUUAAUUGCUAUGCUUCAGAAUCAAUUUGUGUUUUAUGCCCUUUCCCCCAGUAUUGUAGAGCAAGUCUUGUGUUAAAAGCCCAGUGUGACAGUGUCAUGAUGUAGUAGUGUCUUACUGGUUUUUUAAUAAAUCCUUUUGUAUAAAAA